AAGUGGUGUUGUAGUUGUCCCCACUGGGGCAGGCAGCGGCAGCGGUGGUGGAGGCGCGAGGGUGCACGGGGCCUCCCCGAGGGGGAGGCAGGCAGCCACCAUGGAGCUCUGGCGACAGUGUACCCACUGGUUGAUCCAGUGUCGGGUGCUGCCUCCCAGCCACCGAGUGACCUGGGAGGGGGCGCAGGUGUGUGAGCUGGCACAGGCUCUGCGAGAUGGGGUGCUCUUGUGUCAACUGCUUAACAAUCUGCUUCCCCAAGCCAUCAACCUGCGGGAGGUCAACCUGCGGCCCCAGAUGUCCCAGUUCCUGUGUCUUAAGAACAUCCGGACCUUCCUGUCUACUUGCUGUGAGAAGUUCGGCCUCAAGCGCAGUGAACUCUUUGAGGCCUUCGACCUCUUUGAUGUACAGGACUUUGGAAAGGUCAUCUACACCCUGUCUGCCCUGUCAUGGACACCCAUCGCCCAGAACAAAGGAAUCAUGCCUUUCCCAACGGACGACAGCACCGUGGGCGACGAAGAUAUUUACAGUGGCCUUUCAGACCAGAUUGAUGACACCACAGAGGAAGAUGAGGACCUUUAUGACUGCGUGGAGAAUGAGGAGGCAGAGGGGGAUGAGAUCUAUGAGGACCUCAUGCGAUCGGAGUCCGUGCCUACGCCGCCCAAGAUGACUGAGUACGACAAACGCUGCUGCUGCUUGCGGGAGAUCCAGCAGACCGAGGAGAAGUAUACGGACACGCUGGGCUCCAUCCAUCAGCACUUCAUGAAGCCCCUACAGCGAUUCCUCAAGCCUCAAGACAUGGAGACCAUCUUCGUUAACAUCGAGGAGCUGCUCUCUGUGCACACCCACUUCCUGAGGGAGCUGAAGGAUGCCCUGGCCGCCCCGGGAGCAACAAUGCUGUACCAAGUCUUCAUCAAGUAUAAGGAGAGGUUCCUUGUUUAUGGCCGUUACUGCAGUCAGGUGGAGUCAGCCAGCAAGCGCUUGGAUCAAGUGGCCACAGCGAGGGAGGAUGUGCAGAUGAAGCUGGAGGAAUGUUCUCAAAGAGCUAACAACGGCCGAUUCACCCUGCGGGAUCUGCUCAUGGUGCCCAUGCAGAGGGUGCUGAAGUACCACCUCCUCCUCCAGGAGCUGGUGAAACACACGCAAGAUGCUACGGAAAAGGAGAACCUACGACUGGCUUUGGACGCCAUGAGGGACCUGGCGCAGUGUGUGAAUGAGGUCAAGAGGGACAACGAGACCCUGCGGCAGAUCACAAACUUCCAGUUGUCCAUCGAGAACCUGGACCAGUCUCUGGCCAACUAUGGCCGACCUAAGAUUGAUGGUGAACUCAAGAUAGCCUCAGUGGAACGGCGCUCCAAGACGGACAGGUAUGCCUUCUUGUUGGACAAAGCGCUGCUCAUCUGUAAGCGCCGCGGGGAUUCCUACGACCUCAAGGCCUCGGUGAACCUGCACAGCUUCCAAGUUCGGGAUGACUCCUCCGGGGAGCGAGACAACAAGAAGUGGAGCCACAUGUUCCUUCUGAUCGAGGAUCAAGGCGGCCAGGGCUAUGAGCUGUUCUUCAAGACGCGGGAGCUGAAGAAGAAGUGGAUGGAACAGUUUGAAAUGGCCAUCUCCAACAUCUACCCAGAGAAUGCCACAGCCAAUGGGCAUGACUUCCAGAUGUUCUCCUUUGAGGAGACCACUUCUUGCAAGGCCUGCCAGAUGCUACUCAGAGGUACAUUCUACCAAGGAUAUCGCUGUCAUAGGUGCAGGGCACCUGCACAUAAGGAAUGUUUGGGGAGAGUGCCUCCAUGUGGCCGCCAUGGGCAAGAUUUCUCAGGAACUAUGAAGAAGGACAAGCUACAUCGAAGGGCCCAGGACAAGAAAAGGAAUGAACUGGGUCUGCCUAAGAUGGAAGUGUUUCAGGAAUACUAUGGGAUCCCUCCCCCGCCCGGAGCUUUUGGAACAUUUUUGCGGCUCAACCCUGGGGACAUUGUGGAGCUCACUAAGGCAGAGGCUGAGCACAACUGGUGGGAGGGAAGAAAUACUGCUACCAACGAAGUAGGCUGGUUCCCCUGUAACAGAGUACGCCCCUAUGUCCACGGCCCUCCUCAGGACCUGUCUGUGCAUCUCUGGUAUGCGGGUCCCAUGGAACGAGCAGGAGCCGAGGGCACCCUCAUCAACCGCUCUGACGGGACCUACCUGGUGCGGCAGAGGGUGAAAGAUACAGCAGAAUUCGCCAUCAGCAUUAAGUAUAACGUCGAGGUCAAACAUAUUAAAAUCAUGACGUCAGAGGGGCUGUACCGGAUCACGGAGAAGAAGGCUUUCAGGGGCCUUCUGGAACUGGUGGAGUUUUAUCAGCAGAAUUCUCUCAAAGAUUGCUUCAAGUCGCUGGAUACCACCUUGCAGUUCCCUUACAAGGAGCCUGAGAGGAGAGCCAUCAGCAAACCGCCAGCUGGAAGCACCAAAUAUUUUGGUACUGCCAAAGCCCGCUAUGACUUCUGUGCCCGGGACCGAUCAGAACUGUCACUUAAGGAGGGUGACAUUAUCAAGAUCCUCAACAAGAAGGGACAGCAAGGCUGGUGGCGUGGGGAGAUCUAUGGCCGGAUUGGCUGGUUCCCUGCCAACUAUGUGGAGGAAGACUAUUCUGAAUACUGCUGAGCCUGGUGCCCUACAGGACAGAGAGAGAGGCAGAUGUAUGCUGAGUCCAGGACGCCGGCAAGGUUGAGGGGCCAUGAACAGUCCUCGGUGGUAGAGCUUCCGGAUGCAGAGCAGACAGCCAGUGGCCAGCUGGCAGGCUUCCCAGGAUGAAGGAUGGUUAAUUUAUAACACACUGAUUGUCUCGAAUGCCCCAAGGAAGAUGGGGCUUGAGGCAACUGCUUCUAAUAAAAUGAGAAGAACAGGCA